CCCCCCCCUCCCCAUCUGAACCCAAUAUUUUGUGCACUGCCCCUAAUACAGGGUGUAUUCUGUGCCUCUGUCUGGAAGUGGACGGUUUUUGUUAUUGAGGGAAAACAUUCCUGAAAGUGAGUCAGAGAGCGAGAGAAAGUAAAACUGUCUCUGUUCCCAGUGUCACUGAGUAGAACUACUUGCUGUGCAGUUGUUGAUGUUAUUGAGGUAAUAUUAAGCCUACUGCAUCUUGCCAGCGUGGACACUGCAGUUGUUGUUUACUGUAAGCUGUCUCAACACAGUAGGCCAAGACAGAGACUGUCUGAGCUAUUUGGAAUUUCACAAUUUGGUGUAUUACACCACAAAAACCUCAGAGAAAUAUGGACACAAAGAGAAUGAUAUUCUGUCUGCUUGUGGCAGCUAUUAUCAGCCCUGUGUUUACUGAAGAAUGGAGGGCCAGUGUUGUAAAAGAACUUGACGCCCUGGUCACAUCCUGUGUUGUGGUACCCUGUUCAUUCACCCAUCCUAAAGACUCUCUGAUCCUGCCCACCUCCAGACUCAGAGGGAUCUGGCAUCGUUCAACUGAUAGAAACCAACGCAUCUACUACGAGGAUAGCACGCAUGUCUUGGAAAACUUUAGGGGCCGCACAAAGUUGUUGGGACAUCUGGGUCAGAACAACUGCUCUUUAGAAAUGGCUAACAUUACAGAUCAUGACAACGGCCCUUUCUGUUUCCGGAUCAAACUAGCACGAACAGAGACUGAUACAUCCACCGUUGACAAGUUCUCCUUUGUGGAGAGUUGUGUCGAGUUCAGAAUGCUCCCUGAUCCUCCGAAUCCUAAACUGAGUCACCCAAAGAUGGCCAUUCAAGAUCGUCCCUACACUAUCACCUGUUCAGUCCGUCAUACCUGCCCCUCCCAUGUGCCUAAACUCACAUGGAGUAGAGGCACAGCAGAUGAUGUAAUAGAGGUCCACAAGGAAACUGGUUUGGGCUACUGGGAGGCCGAGUCCAUCCUGACCAUCAUUCCUGAGGAGAAGGAUGAUCACAGUGAUGUCACCUGUACAGCACAAUUUAAUGGACAGAAGACAUCAUCUGCAACAGUGACACUCAAUGUAAAACGUUCCUACAGUUCCCGCCUCAACACAGUACAUUUUUGAACUCUUUCCUAGCCGUGUUGUUCCACACCACCCUGGCAUACAUCAUCACUCCUGGCUACCCCCUGUCUGGACUCCCAACUUCAGUUCCCCACCUUUUGGAUCUAGUUCCCUCCCUGCUCGCAAUAUUCAAUUUUGUAAUAAAUCUUCUUUCUGAUUAUA